AUGAGACGGAGCAACACAGCAUUUGUCCUCACCUUUGUGCAUGAGGUGACAUCGGAGUGUGUCAGCCAGUCUGUGGUCCCAACCUGCUCCUUCCAGACCAACACUGUCUCCCGAGACAUUGACACUGCCUCCAAGUUCAUUGGUACUGGUGCUGCCACAGUGGGCGUGGCUGGCUCAGGAGCUGGAAUCGGGACAGUGUUCGGAAGCUUAAUCAUUGGCUAUGCCAGGAACCCCUCCCUAAAGCAGCAGCUCUUCUCCUACGCCAUCCUGGGCUUUGCUUUGUCUGAGGCUAUGGGUCUCUUCUGUCUGAUGGUGGCAUUCCUCAUCCUAUUCGCCAUGUAA